AUGCAAUCACCUCUCAAAUUAAUUACUGAAUCAAGAACUUACCAAAUCUUUAAUUUUCGAUCCUUGCCACUAUAUGCUCUUCAACAGUAGGAUUUAAAUAGAUAUGUUGCUCAAGUGUUAGAAGAUUAUUCAAACGACUUUGAGCUGAAAGUUUUGCAAUCAGGUAAUUGAAUUACUAUUACUGAUGAAACGUAUGAGACACAUAUUAUCAAUUCUUAAUUGCAAGUUGGAUUCCGCCUAUUGGUGAUGCAACCACUGAGACUCUCGAGGGUUCAUCCACUUUGCCGUCGGCUAAGCUGGGUCCCUCCCCCAGCAUUAAAAUGAUUGACACCAUCUGCCAUGGGGCAUCCGAAGUCCUCGCCAUAUUAUCAAUUCAGUAUCCCCACUGGUCUAUAUAUUCUGUGUUAAAUUGAGCUAUGGCUAAAUGCAAAUAUACUCAUACUUAUUGCAAUUGCACUAUUUAAACUGCUUUAAACCUGAUUCAAUUUAUUAGGGUAAAAUUAUUGAAGUAGGUUUUAUUUAGAUACACCAUCUAUAAUCAGGGUUCAAACUUAUAAUCUUGCAACUGCCGCUAAGCAUUCAAACUGAGAUGUACGAAUCCACAAAAUAGCACAACAAAUCAAAAAUGCAAACCCAGAUAUUAUCGGGAUACAAGAAGCAUGCAGGAAUCCAAACUUGGGGGCUGACUCAAUGACUAAUUUUAUAUCAAAAAUAUUCGGUUCUUCUAUUCUUAAUAAAGCUCGUGAAAGAAAUAUGCUUGAUGAACUUUUACUACCAUCAACGAUUUUUUACUUUUAAGCGGGAAGAAUAGCAACUUGAUAUAUAAUAAAAUGUUUUAGUUGGUGCUUUCAAGCUAUACUCUAUAGAAUUAUAAUAAUAUUUAAAAAUCAUCUUUGUGUUAUUUUGAAAAAAUACAAAACUAUUUAAAAACUAUUUUCUGUUAAACAUUAAUAACCAUUAAAACUUGUAAGUCUGCUCAUUAUUAGCUAGGAAAAGCUAGAGCUUCUACCUGAAUAUCCUUAUCAUUAUUCUCACGAGUCAAUGAUUUAUAAAAACGGCUCUACUGAAGGAAUCGCUAUAAUAUCAAGAUAUCCUAUCAUUGAUGUUAGAACUGCACAAUUAACUAAAGCCUUACUCCCCCCCCUCCGUGAGUGAACAAAAAAAUUUUGUUCACUCACGGAGGGGAGUUAAUUUUUUUUUUUUAAAAAAAAUUUAUAUAUAAAUUUUAUAAAAAAUAUUUUUUUUUUCGAAAUUUAAAAAAAUCCUAAUUCGCAAAAAUUGGAAAGCAAAUGUUAAUUUAAUUUAUAAAAUUUAUGUUUUAAAAAAGCAAUUCGUUUAAAAUUAAACAGAAUUAGUUUUAGAUUUCAUUAUACUAAUUAUCAUUUAUAUAUCAAAUUUUUUUUCCAUAAAAAAUUUUUGUAUUAAAAAAAUUUUUGUUCACUCACGGAGGGUGGGUUUUUGGGCAAAAAAUGGCGAUUUUUCUAAUGGUUUUGUUCACUCACGGAGGGGGGGGAGUUAGGUGAUUCUGAAGAAAGAGCAUGUCUCAAAGUGACAAUUAAGCAUCCAAAAAAAAUUUUUUCUGUUUUCAAUACUCAUAUGACUUACGAUCCUAAAGGGCAAUUAAAACAAGCCCAAGAUAUUUUGAAUUUUAUGAAUGAAGAAAAUGAUGGAACUCCUCAAAUUCUUUUGGGGGAUAUACUUUUUUCUGUAAAUAUUCUGCAGAUAAAUGGCUGGAAGUACAUAAAGUAGGCAAUUUGCAAAGAAACAGCAUAUGAAUAUAAGAAAAUAUUAUGAGCUUCCGUCGCGCCUUUUAGAAGGAAAAUAUCUGUUUAAAUCUUCGAAAGGAGGAUUGAUAGAUUCUUGGAAAAAUGGCAAUAUGGAAGGAGAUGGGCUCACUUUCCCUUCAUGAAGGCCAAAAGAAAGGCUUGACCGAAUUUAUUUCAGAAAUAUUGAAGCUCCGCCCAUAUGUGAAGUAUGCGGAUAUGGUGAAUCUGAGAAAAUUUGGGCCUCAGAUCACUGCUCAGUCUAUGCAGAUUUCAUAUUAUCAAUUUGUUAA